UAAAACUUUUGCAAUUUAAAAAACCAAACAAGUCUAGAAAAGGUGAUGGACAUUUGUAUUAAACCCUAUAUUCAAAUCACUAGGGCUGAAACGAUUAAUCGUGACGAAUCGAUUAUUUAAGUAAUCCAUUAAGACUCAAAAGAAAAAGGAUAAUUGCUGAAAUAACAACACAAUUAAGCAAAACUGUAAAAACAUAUUCAUUUUGCAUUUACGAUUAAAAAAACAUAUAUAUGUUCUACCUAAGGUGGCAUAGUUUUAGCUUCAUCUAAUUCAAAUUCUGUUAAAUAAGUCCCCAAUUUCUCAAUUUUGAAUUCUUGCGAUCCAAUUAAUAACAGGUUGAUUCAAAAAAUAGUCAACAGAUUGAAUCUACACUGAAAAUCUACACUGCAAAGCUCCGCCCUUUCUGCAGAAUUGCUUUUUGUAAAAGCAUUGGUGCUAACAGCUGUGUGCUGCUCAACACAUAGAAUAUACAUUGAAGUUUUGUGGCUGGGACAUGAUGCUAAAAAAUGAGUGUGGUAUCAAUGCAAUUUCUAGGAAUAGCAGGUUCUUCCACCUAUGGAAGUAAAUAAAUUAUGAACACAGAAGUUCAAAAAGUUCACCGAGAGAAAAUUUGAGUAGACAAUUAUGAAAUAAUAUCCAAGCAAAGCCAGUGACGAAGAAUGGAACAUAAACAAAAGCGUUCAAGAGUUCAGUAAUCAAAAAGUUGCUUCCCAAGUAUAUCUGAAUAAACGCAUGUUCCAACAAGAAUAAAAAAAUAUAUGUAAAAGAAAACCAAUAAAUCAACUAGUCCUUGGACGAGUAUUAUAGUCUGUAUUAGUUAAUAGCGAAAGAAAAAAGUAUUACUCCAAACUAUACUGUUAUAAAACGAGUAGCAAAGUUUGCCUUUCUAUGAUAUAAUUAUAAUCCAAAUGGUCUGCUCAAGAGAAAAUUGUUCUGCACAUCUAAACAGCAAAGGGUAUGUGAGAUUUAAAUGCAUGUCACAAGAGCUACCUCCCAUCGCGGCAAAUGGUAUCUCACUUAGCAUUAUAGAAGAAAAACUAAGCUCUAUCAUAUGUCGACUGUAACUUGGAAGUAGUGGGUGUGUGAAUCGUGAUUUUAACAGUGACAAUUAAACCAAAACGUGUCCUCAAACAGUUGAGCAUAUUUAGUAGCGGUAAACUGGAGUUAGCCUUGUCGGCCUAGUCUCUGGUGAGGGAUUCGGGAUUUGUAUUGUUUUGCGUUGACGCUGCUGCUACACCUUUUCUCCGUUGGUACUUAAAGAAUUUGCGACGAAAACGGUCCAACUAAAGGUAAUGUCUCUUGAGAUAAGUUUACAUACUUCAGGUUGGCCGAUUCGCUCAGAACACACACAUUUCCACAUUUCCAGAGCCACAUACAUCUGUGUGAAAUUUGGAAGUGAAACGAUUAAGAACAACAUUUUUGCAGCUGUUCUUGUGCAAUACGAUGGCUGAUCUUAUGUGAGUAAAAAGAGGAAAGAGUCCUGCUGCAGACUCUAGUUGCGUUUCUGCCCUCCCCUCGUCAACAGAAGGAGGAUCUGCUGAUAAUCUGACAGAACGUGUUUGCUGCAAGCAGUUUCAGCAAGGCAGUGUCACACAGGACAGGAUCCUUUCAAGAUGUCAAGCUCUCUGGUCGUGUGCGAAGUGGAAGAAAGCCUGAGAGAAAAACUGAAAAAGUUCAGAUUUCGAAAGGAAACCAACAAUGCAGCCAUACUCAUUAAAAUAGAUAUGGCGAAACAGCUUGUCAUCCUUGAGGAGGAGUAUGAGGAUAUCUCACUGGACGACCUGAGAAAUGAGCUUCCCGAGCGCCAGCCCAGAUACAUCGUCUACAGCUACAAAUACACCCAUGCGGAUGGGAGAGUGUCUUAUCCCCUCUGUUUCAUUUUCUCAAGCCCAAUGGGGUGUAAGCCAGAGCAGCAGAUGAUGUAUGCAGGCAGCAAGAAUCGACUGGUCCAAAUCGCAGAACUCACAAAGAUCUUUGAAACCAGGAAUGCCGACGACCUGACGGAAGAAUGGCUCAAGAACCAGCUGGCAUUUUUUCGCUGAAACUGCUUCUCCUGCAACUUUCAAACCAGCUUCUCAUUCCCUAAGCAAGAUCCUGAAUUUGACUUCCUGUUUUGUUUGUUGUGACAUUAAAACAUUCACGUACAGCAGCAGAGUUUUGGUUUCCAGGUUUUUCCUUAAUAUUGUAACGUAGGGUUUCUGUGAGCUUCCAUGACAAUUAUUGAGUCAUCAAGUUAAUUUACCUUAAAAAUAAGCACGUCAUAUAUACAUUUUUCCACUGAAGUUGGUUUUUCAAUUCUGUAAGUGUAAUGCUGUUCUUUGUAAGUUUUAGCCCUGAUUUAAAGCUAAACCAUGUUAAAUAUAUGUUAUAUAUAUAUUUAACACCUAUUCUUACGUAAUUGGUAUUUAGUAACGACUUGAUCAGAACUCCAACACAUAAAACAAAUGAAAGUAAUCUGAAGCAUUCCUCUAAAAUAAAAUAAAUAAAAAAAGUUAAAGCAAGAAGCAAAGAAAGAACAAAUAAAACUUAAGCUUAUUUAAGACUGAGAUGUUUGGUAACUGUACAUUAUUCGAUUGAUUUCAUUUUGUAAAGUGCGAUGCAAUGACAUUUGUUGAGAAUUGGAACAAAAUAAAUAAACUGAACUGGUUCUGGCCUACUCUGCAUCCCCAGAACCAGAACCGAACACGGAGAAGCAGCAUUCAGCUUCUGUGAACCUCAAAUCCGGAACAAACUUCCAGAAAACUGCAAAACAGUUGGAACACCGAGUUUGAACUAUAAUGAAUGAAUCAUUGACCAACAUGAUGUGUAUUGAUGAUUCUGAUGAUGGCACUUAACAAAAUGUAACAUCUAUUACUGGUUUUCAAAACUGUUUACUAUGUGAUGUAUGUAAGAUUUUUUUUAUGUUUUCAUGUUGCUGGA